AUGCUGUGUCACCUAAUUCACUAUCUGAGACUCAGCCAUCACUUGAUAGCUCUGAAUUAUGUGAUUUGUACCUUUGACAAGCUGAAGUCUGUCUCCCCUGAAGACAUUAACAUCACAGAUGCUGUUUUUGAUGGCGUGGAAGUCAGAGUGUUUGAACCCCCUGCGAAGCAAGAUGAAAGGCUCAAGCGCAGUGUUGUUUACAUCCACGGAGGGGGCUGGGCCUUGGCAAGUGCAAGAACAAGCCUUUAUAACAAUCUCUGCAGAAUCAUGGCCGAAUCUCUCAGUGCGGUUGUUGUCUCAGUUGAGUACAGGCUGGUACCAGAGGUGUGCUUCCCCGAGCAAUUCCAUGAUGCUCUGCGUGCUACUAAGCAUUUUUUGCAGCCUGAUGUCUUAGCUGAGUAUUCAGUUGACCCAAGCCGAAUUGCAAUUUCUGGCGAUAGUGCAGGAGGAAAUUUGGCAGCUGCUGUGUGUCAGCAGCUUAGCAAAGAUGAGCAUUUGACCAUCAGACCGAAACUGCAAGCAUUAAUUUAUCCAGUCCUUCAGGCAUUUGACUUCAAUACACCUUCUUAUCAGCAGAACAUGAAUAUGCCCGUUCUUCCUCGUUAUGUCAUGAUCAACUAUUGGAUAGAUUAUUUCAAUGGUAAUUAUGACUUGGCUCACUCACUGCUGAUUAACAACCACACUGCUCUUGACGUUGGCCAAGCUCUUUCUUUCAGAGGACGGCUGAACUGGACAUCUCUACUGCCUUCAUCGUUCAAAAAGAACUACAAGCCUGUAAUACAAACCACAGGCAAGGCUGACAUCGUCGAGGAGAUACCAGCGCUGCUUGAUGUACGAGCAGUCCCACUCCUCGCAGAAAAUGAAACUCUGCAGCUGCAGCCAAAGACUUACAUCCUGACCUGUGAGAAUGACGUCCUGCGAGAUGACGGGGUGAUGUACGCCAAGCGCUUGGAGAACGCCGGCGUGGAAGUCACGCUCGAUCACUUCGAUGACUGCUUUCAUGGCUGUAUGAUAUUCACCAUUUGGCCUACUGAUUUCUCUGCGGGCGUUCAGACCAGGAACAGCUACAUAAAAUGGCUGGAUGAAAACCUCUGA